AUGGCCGCCUCGUCCGCAUCGGCGGGAAUUGCGGAAGUAUUGAUCAGCUUUUAUAGAUGUGGCGAGGAAGAUGCUUUUGAGAGACAUCGCAGUAGAAUUCCAAUCGGUAAAGACCAAAGAAAUCUAACGGACGCCAGGAAGCAUAUGAUCAACUUUCUUGGUAUUUCGCAAAUGGCUACGUCGCUGGGUAUGGGAAAUUUCGAGCUGAAACUGUACCGGCUGGCCAGGAGUGCUCACGGGAAAACGAAGAAUUUACCUAUCCUUACGCAACAACAGUGGGAGAUGGAAGUGCCACUCCUUGUUUCUGACGAAACCCAAAGUGAACUCAAUAGUAAGUAGACAACUGAUCUGUCGAAUUCAUAAAGUGCAGGAAAAAGUUUUGAACUAAUGAUAAAUAUAACCACAACAUAUGUAUUAGAAAAUUGGGGGUUACAAAUUAUCCUUAUUCGAUCUUAGAAAAGGAUAAUUACUUUGAAGGUUAUAAGUAUGAAAUACUAAAGUAAAAUUUCCUCUUUUUCAUCUUUUUUAAGUACAUGUGGUACAGAAAAUAAUUAAUUGGUCAGACAAGAAAAUGGUGCUUGUACCGGGUGUGAAACAAACUCCUAAAGAACCUCUUGGUACUUCAACAAGUUCUUCAGAAGAUAAAGAUCCAGAAAUUGCCAUCAUAGACAAUGAGCCUGGAGCAUCAGAUUCUGCGAGAAAUAGAAGUAGGAAAAGAAGACAAGAAUGUCUGGAAGAUAAAGAACUAGUUCAAAAUAUUUUGCGAGACAAUAAAGUUGUGAGAAAUGUGCGUCAGAGGCAUGAAUUAGAUGAGCUUCAAGCAGGUAAAUUUUAAUGAAAUAGGUGGUUUUGAAUUUCUACUUUUACUUGUACUUUUACCUUUACUUAUGUGUUUACUUUUAUCUCGCUUAGACUUAGGGAAGCUUGCUGGAAGCUCAGCUCUUAAUGAGGUGAAAUUUACUUGUGGAGUCUGCAAGAAACCGUAUUUUAUCAGUACUAAGUCCAGCAGAACCACCCAAGGGAAGGUCAAUUACUUCAAAAUCAGUAAGUUUAAACAAAUAUUUUUAAUUUACCAAUAUCAUUACUGCAGAUCACAUGUUUCAGUACUCAGAAUAAGAAAAAAAAUAAUAAUUCCGAGUGUAUUUAGGUGAUAGUAACUCUGGUCUUUUUGUAUUCAGCUGAUCUUCUAAAAGACUAAUGAAUGUUUAUAAUUAAGUUGAACUUCCCUUAUCACUUUUUCAAUAAUCCCCAUGGUGGAGAAAUGUAAACCUAGGAAUACACUGUUCACCUUUGCUAAAAAUUUGUCCUUUGUAGCACAUUUCAAUAAGUGCCAAAGAAAUUACGAGAAAGCACAGCGUUUAGUGAAAAACAACCACACCCUGGAUAGCCUUUGGAAAAAAGGAAAUUGUGAACGACUUUCUUCAGCAUCAAGCAGCAAUUCCAUGUCACAAGAUGAGCAGGAGGACUUUACUGGUGCUGAUGCCAUAGAAACAGGCUCUGACAAGUAA